AUGUCGGCAAGAGUCUGGAAGUUCCUAUCGAAUACAAUUGGAAAACUACAAAGUCCUAGAACGGCUCAGCAAAAUGAUAAUGUGAACAAUUCGCCAUCCCUGCGCCAAAUCGAAUCGAAUCCCGACACACCGACUCGUCACGGCAAUGGCAAUAAUGUAGGAGAAGAAUCUGCAAAUGCGGGAUUGUCGAAAGAGCAGGAUGAUUCGGUGCUCGAUACACCAUUGAAUGAGAAGAUCAGUAAUAUUAAAGAGAAGCUUGAGGAAGCGGUCAAACCAAUUACGAAAGAUGAAGCAGAGGAUGAAGCUGAGGAGGAUGUCACGGCAGAGAGUUCAGACAACAUUGAGGCGGGAGAAGCAGCAAAGUCAACCAAAAGAUCAGUAACUGGUAAAGCAGUCGUGGUUCCACCACCGAGACAAGGUCGCAAUAAGAGGGGAGGAUCGGCGGAGAAGGUAGAGACAUUGGCGCAUACUGAAGUUCCGGUCGAAAAUACUCGCAAAACAAGGGGAAGAGGUAGACCUGCGAAGAACACAAAGACAGUGGUUCAAAAUGAAACUAUCGUUUCUACUACACACGAAGAAAGCAACAGCAUGGAAGAAGAGGAAGUCGCAGAGCUACUAGUAAAGAAUGAACUUUCAGUCGACGACUCUACGACUCGUAAACCAAGAGGAAGAGGUAGACCUUCAAAGCCAAAGGUAUACGCAGAAAGCAACCAAUCGGAAGCUGAGAUCAUGGCAGAAGAGGUAGAGACAUCGAAUAGCAACAACAACCCAAAUGAAAAAACUCACACCCAUCGCAGCAAGAGACCAUUACUUCCAAAAGUCGCAGAUCAAGUACAUGUACCCGAACCCUCUAUUGAUACACCUCCAAUCGCCAACAAUAAGAGAAGAAGAGAUGUUUUGGAGUCAUCCGUUGGAACGGAAGAGGCCGAAAUGGAUUCUUCUGCGAGUGUUUCUAAUAAACGAAGAAAGACUUCCGCAAGGCCUGAAGGACCUGGCAUUCCACCUAUAGGUACCACCCGAGAAGCCAAAGACGAACGAAGAAAAUACAUGGACCGAGAAAGACAACGCAGAUGUCGACAACGUAAGAAGGACAGACAACAAGGAUUACAAGCCGCCGAAAGAGAAGUUUUAGCACAGGCCAAAGAUGAGAGAAAGAAAGCUAUGGCUCGAGAACGUGUUCGAAGACAUAGAGAUAAUCAAAGACAGAAACAAGGCGUUGAAGUUGAAACGAAGGCAUCGGGUCGACAAAGAACGAGGGAAGAGGCGAGACAGAGGGAUAGGGAAUUGAUUGCUAGUGGUGGAAGAAGUGGUGCGAGUAAUUCGGUGGAGAAUGAAUCGUUUAGCGAGUGA